UAUUCAUAGAUCCCUAGAUUCACGAUGAACGAGCCUCAAUCUUAACUUCAUUGUGGAUGGUCCUAUAUAUAACUAUCUUGGUAUAUCGGUAUUGUUCGCUACGUUGUUGCUCUUCUGAUACCAUAACUCUUAUUUUCCUCGGUGCCCGAUUUAUACACGCAUAAGUCGCGUCGGAACGCGUCAAGUGGCUGAAUUAUGGCGUCUCGUCGGGUAAUUGCAGACUCUGACGACGAAGAUGGCGACGACCGUCCAUUGACUCCUCUCAGAGAAGACGCGGAAAUCCCACCGGAGAUAGAGCCAUUGAGCCCUCAGUUACCAGAUACUCAGAAGCCGAUAUCUGAUACUACGGAUCAGUCAUUCUUCGCCAGUGUCUAUGAUGAGCAGCAGAGCAGGGCAUUUGAACAAUCUCAACUUAUCGAGCAAAUUGUCCGCCAGAGUCAAAAGGCAAGCGGAGGUAGUGACGUAUCGCACCCGGCCAAAGGCAUAGCUAAAAAGCCCGAUGCUUCUUCCGCUUCUGAUGUCACGACGUCGGUGGCCUUGGACAAUCUAGGAAAUCAAUCGUCACUUUUUAAUGGUGCAUCCGGCGACAUGUCACCGCGAAAAAGUACUCCUGGAGAAUGGGAUGUACCUAGUAGUGCCGAGAAUGCAACGACAUCAAAACCUGCUAAAAGCUCAAAGGGGAAGGACAAGUCGUAUGGAAAACAGAAAAGAACUCCAUCAAAAUUUACGGGGAGUUCUGCUACGGCGAAGAUGUUCAUGGGAAAUGAUCCUGCACAUGGAGCCCAUCCUACAAAUAAUGAAGAUGAAUUAUCACCACGGUCGGCAACGAAGCGGAGGAAGGUUUCACUUCAUGACUCCGUGCUUCAGGAUAUGCCCGCCCCCGCGAAUUUUUACAUUGCCCAGAGCAAUCUCACUACCAUGCAGAAGCUCGAGUAUCAGAGGGUCAACGUGUCACAGAAUGUCUACUCUGGUUUACCCGUGACGCUCCCCAAUCCAAAGUCAAGCGGUGUAUCGACAGUUGCGUAUUCGACGCCGAGCCGAUACGCGUCUUCUGGACCACCACUUCCGUGGGAAAGAAGUCCUAUAGCUAAUACUCAACCUGCCGAAAUCCCUGAUGUCAUAAACAUAGCAUCUUCUCCGGAUGUAAUUGCCGCUGAUCACCAUAGAAACGCUCCAAUGGCAGAUAUGGGUCCACCGUACAUAUCUACACAUACAGUGGCCCGUGAAGUUGAUGCGCGGGUUGGUGGCUCUACAAUGGGUGACCUACCGAAUAAGAAGAGGAAGAGGCCUAAGGAUAUACAGGAUGAAGACGAGCUCGUACAGGAUCAAUCAUGGGACCUUAAUACCGACAAUAGCAAGCAAGACAACCACAAGCGCCAGCGUCAUAAUGAACACUGGGUUUAUUCGCCUAGUCUAAAUGAAGACGACGGAGAAAUCGAACUCAUUUCACGUCCCCAUGAGGAACUGCCUCCUCGGGAAAUGGAGUGCGAAGAACUGCCAGGAGAAGACAUAUACAAGAUCGAUGAGCCUAAGCCCGAAACAUCAGCGACAGAACCAUAUAUUCCUGCUCUUGCGCCCGAACCCAUCCAGUUGGAAGCCCAACCGAAACCGGCUCCCCAGCCGAAGAAACGUGGGCGUAAGAAAAAACAGCCUACAAACGAGCAAACCAAUCAGGUUGAGCUUCCUGUUCAGAACCAAGCUACCGAUCAAGACCCAAACACCGCUGCCAAAGCCUCCGAGGAUCCAGCUGAGCCAGUAAAAGCUAAGAAGGGAAGAGGUCGGCCUCGGAAGUCAGAGCUGGCGAAGACCAAAAUUCCAGUCGCUCCAGUCGCUUCAGAACCUGAACCUAUCGUUUCACCUAAGACUCCCGGAAAUGACGUUGAGAGUGAAGAAUCCACUUCGGAAAGGACUGGGACGACUAAGAAGCCGAAAAAUAAAGAGCAGGCUCAGAAGCAGGAGGGGGGAAAUGUAUCAAUAAAUGAGCCAACCGCGAACGAGAAUGGAGACAGAGAUGCGUCCCCCUUGAAGGAAAUCAGUAGCAACACUAGGACACAAUCCCAAAAAUCCAUGUCAACAGAAGCCGUACAUGCAAAACCUGCCACCGAAUCGCCAGCCAGUCCAAAUAUACCUCCUAAAUCUCAGGAGAAAGCGCAUGCAAUCCCCAAACCCACGCCCACGGCCUCCCAACCCAAAGUACCGUAUCGGGUCGGGCUCAGCAAACGGACAAGGAUAGCCUCGCUAUUAAAGGUUAUCAAAAGAUAGGAUAAUCGAAUCAAUCUGAAUCCGCACAAGAAGUAACCCUUGCUGUCGUGAGGAAUGGGACCGUUCGCCAAACGUUAUAUAAAUCUUCAACACGUAUCUUCCCGUAUAAUGUACGGUGUUUAUAAUGUGAACAACAUCGAGGGAGAAACUUAAGCUGACCAAAGACGGAUAUUCCGCCCUUUCCCGUGGCUUCUUCUGGCAUGUUAUGCACCUAUUUAGUUGAUGCCGACUUACGAGGGCGUGCAACAGAUUGGGUGGGCA